AUGGCACCACCUACGGCCACGUACACGGAGACAACCACUCCCUCCAAGGGUUUCGACACGGCCGAUGCGCAACCCGAAGGCACGGCACCCAACGAACCUAAGUUGAAGCAAGGCGAAGCCGUGAUCCAGCUGCAGAAAUUCCCCAGCCCACCCCGCUUCACAGACAAGUACGAGGAGCGAGAAUAUCUCAAGGGUCGCCUGGCACUGGCCUUCCGACUAUUUGGCAAGUACGGCUUUGACGAAGGGGUCGCGGGCCAUAUCACGCUGCGCGAUCCCGUUGAUCCGCAUAAGUUCUGGGUAAACCCGUUCGGUCUGGCAUUCAGCCAAAUCAAACGCUCAGACUUAAUCCUGGUCGACCAUGAGGGCCACGUUGUCGACGGGGGACCAAACCGUCUCCUCAACACCGCAGCAUACAUGAUCCACGCAGCCGUCCACAAGGCCCGACCAGACGUUCUCUGCGCAGCCCACUCGCACAGCAUCUACGGCCGAACGUUCUGCACUCUUGGCCGACCCAUCGACAUCACCACGCAAGACAGCUGCGCCUUUUACAAUGACCUGGCGGUCUACAACUCGUUCAAAGGCAUCGUACUGGCCAAGGAGGAGGGCGAGAAUAUUGCCCGGGCGAUCGGCAACAAGAAGGCCUGCCUACUGCAAAACCAUGGUCUGCUGACCGUCGGCCAGACCAUUGAAGCCACCAUCUUUUGGUUCGUUUCCCUUGAGAAAUGCUGCCAUACGCAAUUGAUGGCCGAUGCCGCCGUCGCUGGCAGAGGAGGCGAGACUAUCAAGAUCGACGAGGAAGAUGCCGUUUUCACUUACAAGAGCGUUGGCACGCCUCGAGCGGGCUGGUUCAGCGCCAAACCUAUGUUUGAUGUUAUGGCCCAGGAAGUUGGUGAUGAGUACUUGCAAUGA